AUGGCUGUGCCUCCGACCAGAGACGAUAGUCGAAUCAUAAUCCACCUUGAUUACGAUUGCUUCUACGCCUCCGUGAUCGAGGCAGAACAACCAGUGCUGAAGACUCUGCCCUUGGCUAUACAGCAGAAACAGAUCAUUGCCACCUGCAAUUAUGAGGCGAGGCGUAGAGGCUUGCGCAAACUCCAGUUGGUCUGGGAGGCGAAGAAGAUUUGUCCGGACUUGGUAGUUGUCUUGGGUGAGGACCUGACCAAGUUCCGUGACGCUUCCAAGGAGCUGUAUCUCUUCCUUCGAGCCUUUGUCUGGGGUGGACGGGUGGAGAAACUGGGUUUUGACGAGCUGUUCCUAGAUGUGACGGAAAUGAUUGACUAUACUGUUGACAUUCUAAAUCAAAAUAAUCUUGGAAACUCUUUCUUUUACCUAGAUCGGCUCGAUCCCACAGCUGGCUUUACUUUCGACGCAACCCAAUUCCAUGGCCCUACCUAUCCUAGGGCUAGCUCCGAGUCAGUACCUUCUGCCGCGCAGCUAACUUCUGGUUCUCUCUACACUCGACUCCUAGUCGCAUCUCAUUUGGCUGGAUAUCUCCGAAGCCGGCUGGAACAUCAGAUGGGCUAUACGGCGUCAGCCGGCAUAUCCACGUCCAAACUUCUGGCAAAGAUGGUGGGUAGUACACACAAGCCCAAUAAUCAGACCUCUCUUCUUCCGCCAUAUGCCGUCGCUCCAGAGUCGGGCACGGAGAGCAGCCUGAUGAAUUUCAUCGAUGCUCACGAGAUCCGAAAGAUCCCCGGAAUCGGUUCCAAGCUUGCCCACAAACUUAGAGCGUAUGUGCUUGCUUUUGAUCCAGAUUCGAACGAUCAUUUACCUUCACCUGAUAAGAAGGUCACAGUUCGAGAUAUUCGUCUCUUUCCUAGGAUGGGUCCAGUCUUGUUGGAAGAGAUCCUUGGCGGUCCGGGUUCGCCUAAAGAUAUCGGCAUGCGGGUAUGGGCACUUAUUUAUGGAGUUGAUAACUCUCAGGUCAUAGGAUGUAGGGAUAUGCCAACACAGAUUAGCGUCGAAGACUCUUUCCGCAGACUGGAAGGCCUGGAAAAUGUCAAAAAAGCGCUUACCUUACUGGCAGCAAGCGUGAUCCGUCGGAUGCGAAUCGACCUAACCGAGAACGCUAAGGACUUGCCGCCACACUCAAAACCCGAGAGAACCUGGGUUGCAUAUCCACGGACACUUCGUCUGUCAACGCGGUUCCGAUCUCCAGAAGAGACGCAUGUUCGCAGCUUCAAUCGAACGUCUCGCUCGGUACCACUCCCGCAGUUUGUCUUCAACCUUGGGGAAAACGUGGGCGCCCUAGCUGAGAGACUUGUCCGGGAAACGCUCGUUGCAAUGUUCCACAAGCUUCAGCCACACCGAUCAGGUUGGAAUGUGAACUUACUGAAUGUAGCGGUGACGAACAUGGUAGACGCUGCCGGAGAACGGAAACACAGCAGCGGGCGCGACAUAGGGAAGAUGUUCCGGACACAGGAGACCGUCCUGGAGGAUUGGAAAGUGCCAGAGCCUGACUACCCACGUUGCCAAACUGGAGGGACAGAUAUCAGAAGUUUCCAACCGCAAGAUCAACCCGCUGAUGUGUCUAGUUACCCUGCGACUGAGUUGCUUUGCAAGAAUCGCGGAUCCUUUGAUGCUUCAAGCCUCCCGGCCUGGAAUAGUCCUGAUCAUAUAUGGGAAGACAGCGAUGAAGACGAAGCCAUACCUAGCAAGAUAUGUCCGAUUUGCGGAACCCCGAUCCCUUAUUUCGCAGAGGCUGCUCAUGAACGAUACCAUCUCGUUCCGGAUUGA